CUGAGGUGGAACAAGAGAUACAGUAUGUGACUUGUGUCUAUCAAAAACAGCCAGUGUUCUAAAAAGGCUUCUUACCAUCUCCGUUCUAGUAAGGUAAGGAUGCUGUGGACUCAUUGGUGUCUUCUCACAGUGUGGGAAAUGGUAAAGGGACAACUCUAUGGCAGUACAGAUGCAGUGCAACAGCUCCUUUGACCCAAUCUGUUAUGAGGAAGGAUCAGGCUCAUUGGCUGUCAUCAUUAUUCCAAGCUUGCUGGCUCUCAGCACACUGAUAGUUGUGUGUCAAAUAAUAUGGAGCUUCUUAACCAAAAGAUCAUCUGCUCGGGUGACCACAGGCUCGCCAACAAAUGUAAAUGAAGGGGAACUAGAACAACUGGGCACAAUCUCUGGGACUCUUCAGUCUGCACAGGAAGCACUUAGUCCAUGGGAGAUUCCUGCUCAGUGCACCCUUGAAGAGGUGGAGCUCUUUCAAAUGGGACACUAUGGACCCAUAUGCAAGGGUCAGCUAAAACAAGACAGCAUAUCCACUGCUGUAGUGAUUAAAAGUUUAAAAGACAGGUCAACUCAACAGGAGGCUAAAGAAUUUGUGGAUUUGGUCCUCUUCCUUGCAUCAGUAAGCAAACAUAAGAAUAUAGUGAAAAUGUUAUACUGCCAGACUCACCGGACACCCAUGUACCUGGUUUUGGAAGCAAGCAUUCCAGGGAACCUAUUACAUUUCCUUUGGAUUCUUCGAGGGGACAGUUCUGAGACAGUUGAUAACUUGCAAGGGUUUUCAGAGAGGUCUAUUUAUCUAGUAGCUAAACAGGUAGCAGCAGGUCUGGAUUACCUACACUCCUACCAUAGAGUUGUUCAUGGGGAUGUUGCAGCCCGAAACAUGUUGAUUAGUUCAGGGUUCUCUGUCAGAGUCUCUGGAUUGGACUUGGCUUUUCAGAGUCGACAAGCAAGGAUCAUUGACAACGAAAUGGAUGCCAAUGUCCCAUUAAAAUGGCAAGCCCCAGAACGGAUCAUGAGGUGUCCCCUAACAGACAGGAGUGAUGUAUGGUCCUUUGGAAUUCUGCUUUAUGAGCUCACAACCCUGGGCUCUCCUCCCUAUCCUGACCUGGAACCUUCAGAAAUGCUCCCUCAAACAUUAAGCCAUUACAGAAUGCAAAGACCAGAAAACUGUGGUGCUCCAUUAUAUGACCUAAUGAAGUACUGCUGUAUGUGGAAUUUCAAGGACCGGCCUGUGUAUUCUGCCAUUAUCAGACUUUUAGACUCUUACAUAUAUCUCGCUGACACAAGACCUCUUCGCUGUGGACAACAGAUAGAUAUCUGUGAAUACAGAAGGAAAGCAGGGCUGGCCCCAUGAGCUCUCCACAUUCAGAUAACAAUUUCUUAUUAAUACAGUUCAUUCACAAUUGCACAAUUGAUUCAGUUCUAAUAAGACUGACAUUUCAUAUUAAGCAACUGUAAUUUGUAUCCUGUGCUCUGAUCAUGUCAUUACGGCCGAAACAUCAAUAAUGGUCUUCCGAAUUUUCGGAACUAUUAAAGAUGACGAGAUGAACAAAGAGUAAUGGCCAAUAGCGCAGUGGCCUUUAGUGGUGAACUGAGAUUAACUGCUUGAGAAAUUGGAACGGUAUGUUCUCGUUUACACAUGACACUAGUCAAUCAAACAUUAAAAACUAUACAAAUUAAAUAAGUUAAAAUUGUGGUUACUUUAUGACUAGGAUCUGCCUUAAAAAAAUCGAAGGUAACAAGUUUCCAUCCUACUCUGAGACCAAAAACAUGUUUAGUACGUUUUUGUGACGGCAGCAGCAACUGUUGUAACCAGGGGUUAAAGGGGAUCACCCCCCAAAAAAUAAAUAAAUAAAUAAACUUCUUCCAUCAUUUCAGAUGUGUAUAAUUUCUUUUUUCUGCUGGAGGGUACAUUUUGAGAAUGAUAAACACAACACACAAUGCUUUUCAAUGAAAAUCUUCUGUAUACUAUUAGCUCCUCAUCCUCGGUUCUUCUUCAUCUCUCUCGCCCACACCACGUGUUGUGUAGUAGACACUGACACUGAGAAGUAUAUUUCAGCUCUGUUGGUCCUCACAAUGCAAGUGAAAGGUUCCCAAAAUUAUGAAGCUCGAAAAGCACAUAAAGGUAGAAUUAAAGUUAUCCAUACGACUCCAGUGGUUAAAUCCACACCUUCAGAAGCGAUAUGAUAGGCGUGAGUGAGAAACAAAUCAGUAUUUAUGUCUUUUUUAACUAUCAAUCUCCACUUUCAAAUUCUUCUUCUUUUGUUUAUGCCAAUUCACAUUCUUUGUGCAUAUCGCCACCUGCUGGGCAGGGAGGAUAAUUUAUAGUAAAAAAAAGACUCAACUGAUCUAUAAGAAAUGGAUUUAACCAAGUCAUGUGGAUUACUUUUAUACUGAAAGAAAGUCAUACACAUCUGGGAUGGUAUUAGGGUAAUGAUAAUGAUGAACGAUGAGAGAAUUUCCAUUUUGGGGUGAACUAACCCUUUAAAGUACAGAGAAUGCAUGUACUUACAGGCGUGCAGUCAAAAUGUUACUAUUAAUUAAAAUUCUAAGUAUUUAGACCAAAUAACAGGUGAUCAUUUGAAAAGUAAAUCCCUAAGUAUUGUACUUGAGUAUUACAAAUUCUGUUAAAUUAAAUUAAAUUAAAUUCAGCAGCAUUUAAUUCAUAGUGGUUUCAUACAGUAUUUGAGUAUGCCUGUAGUUGUUGUCGACUGACCCUUGACCAUUACAAGCAAGUCAAGUUCAUUCAUCUUCAACGAUGGCUGAAAUAUUUUACUUCAGAUCGAAAACUGUAUUUUGGUGACUGAUGAAAUAUCUCUUCACAAGAACAAAUCAGUAACCAAUUACAUUUUACUCAUUGGAUUUCAAUGGCUUUUUAAAAAAGUG